AUGAGCUUCAGGGGGGGAGGCUUCCGGGGCGGCGGCGGUGGCUUCAACCGCGGGGGCAGGGGGGGAAGGGGGGGCAGCGGCGGGCGAUUCUUCCGCGGGGGCGGCCGGGGCGGCGGGCGCGACUAUGGCAGCUACGGGCCGCCGGACUCCGUCGUGGAGGCGGGCAACUUCUCGCACGACUGCGAGGGGGAGGCGGUGUGCAAGUUGACGAACGAGAAGAUCCCGUACUUCAACGCGCCUAUAUACUUGGAGAACAAGGCGCAAGUGGGGAAGGUGGAGGAGAUUUUCGGGCUCAUCAACAGCGCGUACUUCACCAUAAAGAUGAACGAUGGCAUUGUGGCUACCUCGUAUGAUGAGGGGCAGAAAUUUUACAUUGACCCCUACAAACUGCUCCCACUGGAGAGAUUUUUGCCGAGACCAAAGGGAGUUACAAAACCCGGAGGAGCAGGUGGUGGGCGUGGGGGGGGCGGUUUCCGUGGCCGAGGCGGCAGGUUUGGUGGCAGGGGCCGCGGCAGGGGAGGGUUCCGUGGGGGCGGCAGGGGGCGAGGGGGGAUGAGAGGAGGCUUCAGGGGUCGGCGGGGGUGA